GCGGGUAUUUAACAAGAUUGGGAAGUAGCGCCGUUUGAUUUUUGAGGGUAACAUCGCUCUGACCAAUCAGAACAAAGGAAGUUUACAGUUGAAAGAUUACGGUUGUGCGAAGUAAUCAUUUAGUCUCGCGACAGGUGAUCGCUUGUCGGUUUACUGUCUGCCUUUUCACGGCCAUGUCUGUUAGAAAACGUAGAGUUGUAAAGGCAGCUGGUUACAGCUUGUCAGAACCAGUUGAUUCUGGAACAGUACUGCUUGAUUCAUUUAAGAGAAGGUGGAUCACUGGCUGUGCUAUUGGUCAAGGUGGUUUUGGACGAAUCUACUCAGUUAAACUCGAAGGUGAAAACAGCCACCGUUAUGUCGUUAAGAUAGAACCACAAGAAAAUGGACCACUUUUUACUGAAAUGCAUUUUUAUUUGCGAGCAUGUUCAGAGGACUCAAUCAAUUCAUGGAAAGUGAAACAUUCUCUUAAAUACCUUGGUAUUCCAAAGUAUGUUAGCAGUGGAUCAGUCGUUUUGAAUAAAAAGCCUCUUCGGUUUCUUGUAAUGGAUCGUUUCUCUGGAGAUUUUGAAACCACACUAAAGAACCAUAAAAUUUCUGCAUCUGGUAUUAUUGAUGUUUGUACGAAUGUGUUGAAUGCACUGGAAUAUGUACAUUCUCGGGACUAUGCUCAUGCGGAUAUCAAGGCAUCGAAUCUUCUUCAUGGUACUUCUCAAGAAGAGGUGUAUUUAGCCGAUUUUGGCCUAGUCCAUUUAUUCCGUUCAAGAGGUGUACAUGCUGCUGAGAAACCAGAUCCUAAAUUUCGACAUAAUGGAACGUUAGAAUUCUGUUCACGGGAUGCACAUAAUGGACUUCCACCAUCUCGUCGAGGGGAUUUGGAAAUUCUAUUUUUCAAUCUUAUCCAUUGGUUGGCUCGAUCUCAUCCGAAUUCCUCUCAGUCACAUUUCACUGGUCUUCCUUGGGGACAUCUGAUAUCAGAUCCAAAACUGCGUGCAAAUGUUCCUGAUCGUGUGAAAAUGGCAGUGGCUGAUGAGAAGGAGAAAACAAUGAAAAGUCCUGGAGAAUUUGUAUUACAAGCUGGAUAUGGACCUAAUGCCGAUCUACUUUCAUUCAUUCAGUGCAUCCUGCAAUUGGGUUAUGCGGAUACACCAGAUUAUGGUUAUUUGCGUAAAUGUUUGUACAGUGCGAAAUGUUCUAUAGGCAAACAAAUGGUGUCAAGUUGUAAAUCAACUUUAUCUUCAGAUCAAACGAGUACUUCUUCACCAUCACGACGUAAAUAUAAUGCAAAGAAUACUUCAAAGAUCAGUGAUUCAUGUGCUUUGAAUUCAGUAGAGAAUUUGGAUUGUAUGAAUAGUAUUUCGAAAACACCAGACAGUUUACCAGCUAAACGAUCGAGAGGUCGUCCACCGGGUCGUUGUAAACAAGUGGAGAAUAUCUCACCAGUUGUAAGUGAUCGUAGACGUUCUGGUUGGUGUCAGACGUCGCCUGAAUUGUUAGCUGUUGCUAAAGCUGAGGCGUUAGGUCGCAGAGCUCUGAAGUUGGCGGAAAUGAAGCUAAGUUGACCUACGUUGUGUAUAUAGAUAUAUAUUUGUUGUAGAGAAUGGAUUUGUCAUGAAUAUGCACCAAGGACUGUGUUCCUGUGUGAUUCUCUUUCUGUACAGAUCUUAUUUUACUUUAUUUCAUCUCAUACCCUUCUUUAUUUCUCAACGUCUUUGAGAAUUGUUACAGAUUAACAUGGAGAUAUACAUAUAUUUUUUGCAUUGUU